AUGAAAUACACAGAAAUCAGGGAAGAGCACAAUGCUUCUACUGUGACACAGUUUCUCCUCCUGGGAUUCUCUGACCUUCCAAACCUUCAAGGGUUUCUCUUUGGCAUGUUCUCCAUAAUGUACUUGAUUAUCUUGAUUGGAAACAGCUUCAUAAUUGUGAUUACUAGAAUUGAUCCUGCACUACAGAAGCCCAUGUAUUUUUUUCUGGCAAAUUUUUCUUCCCUGGAAAUCUGUUAUGUAUCAGUAACUCUGCCGAGGAUUUUGUUUAACAUUGGUACUCAAGAGAGAAGCAUUUCUGUGCUGAGCUGUGCCACACAAAUGUGUUUCUUCCUUAUGCUUGGAGCCACAGAAUGCUUUCUCCUGGCUGUGAUGUCCUAUGACCGCUAUGUGGCUAUCUGCAAUCCUCUGAGCUAUCAACUCAUCAUGAACCCAACAAAAUGCACUCAGCUGGCUGCAGGCUCUUGGCUCGGUGGCAUCCCAGUCCAAAUAGGACAAACCUGUCAGAUAUUUUCCCUGCAUUUUUGCAAUUCUAAUCAAAUCAACCACUUCUUCUGUGACUUACCUCCCAUUCUCAAGCUGGCCUGUGGAGACACUUCAGUGAAUGAGCUUUCUGUCUACUUAGUGGCUAUGCUCUUUGUUGCUGUCCCUUUUAUAUUGAUCCUUGCCUCUUAUACCAAAAUCAUUGCCACUAUUCUGAGGUUGCCAACAGCCACUGGAAGGGCAAAAGCCUUCUCCACUUGUUCUUCUCAUUUGCUUGUGGUGUUUUUAUUUUUUGGAUCCGCUACUGUUACCUACUUGAGACCGAAGUCCACUCAUUCUCCAGGAAUUGACAAACUACUCUCUCUAUUCUACACCAUUGUGACUCCCAUGUUCAACCCCCUGAUAUACAGCCUCAGGAACAAGGAUGUGAUUGCUGCAAUGAGAAAACUGUUACUUAUAAAAUAG